UCUCCAGCCUGUAUGACACAACGCAGAACGGGUUUAGCACUCUCCGUUUAUUCAGAAAUCUGAUUCUAACUUACUCCUGGUUUCUUUUUAUUCUGGAUCUUAUCAUCUGGAAAAGAAUGGUUACUCCUCUCAUGGGGACCAGAGCUGAGAAUGAAGUAAAAUCUUGUACAGCAUCUUCAGCUCGCCAGAGAAAUGAACUGAGGACAUAGAGGGGAGCGCUCGUUUCUUGAGGACGUCUGAGAUUUACAGUGAAACCAUGAGGUUGCAGAGGAGCCCGGGAGAGGUCGCCGUUCUGGUCUUGAUCACCUGUGUUUGUGCCUUUCAUACAACUACUGCCAUUGACAUCCCGCUGGAGGUUGAGCAGCUGCCCACCAUCACAGCUCAGUCGCCCAGUUCUCUCAUCGCCUUCCCUUUUGAUGAGAGCUUCCCCGUGACGUGUGAAGCCAAAGGGAAUCCCGAGCCAGAAUUCAGAUGGACAAAGAAUGGCCAGGAAUUCGACCCCUCUCUAGACCCCCGGCUGAUGAAAGAGGAGAAUUCUGGGACCUUUGUGAUACCCAAUAAUGGGAACCUUACAGAGUACCAGGGAACCUAUCGCUGUUACGCCUCAAACAAACUGGGGGCCGCCAUAUCGAAGGAGAUUGAGUUCAUUGUGCCCCAUGUUCCAAAGUUUCCUAAAGAAACACUUGAUCCUGUCGUGGUGGAGGAAGGACAGCCUUUUACUUUAAAGUGUGACCCACCUAAAGGAAUACCUCCGCUGCAGAUCUACUGGAUGACCAUUAAUCUUCAGCACAUAGAACAGGAUGAGAGGGUGUCUAUGGGUUUGAACGGAGACCUCUACUUCUCUCACGCGGUGGAGAAGGACAGCAGGAGAGACUACUGCUGCUUCGCGGCCUUCCCCAGAAUCCGAACCAUCGUUCAGAAGACCGCCAUGUCUGUCAUCGUCAAGACUAAAAAAAGUGACAUGAGCCCUGAAACGGCUAAUGCAAUCCUGGACAGAAAGCCUUCUCUUCUGACGCCCUCUGGUGACAGAUCAGAGGUAAAACUGGUCAAAGGAGAGGACUUGAAAUUGGAGUGUAUUGCUGAAGGAUUUCCAACUCCACAGGUCAAGUGGGUGAAGAUGGGUGAGCAGCUUCCUGUUAAAGUGAAACUGGAGAAUCAUGGAAAAUUGCUGAUUGUGCCAGCAGCUGAACAGGAUGACAGCGGAAAGUACAUGUGCAAGGCAGAGAACGCGUUAGGAAAAGCUGUCCAUUACUUCACGGUGACAGUAGAAGAGCCUCCAGAGUGGGUGUUUGAGCCUGAGAGUCAGCUGAGCAUGAUCGGCUCAGAUGUGUCCAUCAGCUGCUCCGCCAGAGGGACUCCUCAGCCCACUAUAACAUGGAGGGUGAACGGUGUACCUCUGCAGGAAACCCCAGCAGCCAGCAGGAAGGUGUCUGAUGGCACCAUAGUUUUGCAUAACGCCAAAGCAUCUGACAGUGCAGUCUAUCAGUGUGAGGCCUCUAACAGACAUGGAAGCCUUCUGUCCAAUGCAAACAUCAUGAUUAUGAAUCUGCCCCCCAUGAUUUUGACCAAAGACGGGGAGGAUUACUCCGCUGUAGAGGGGAAAGGAGUGAUGAUGCACUGCAAGGUCUUCAGCUCUCCUCCUUCCACUGUCACCUGGAGCAAAGACGACUCCUCUGAAUCUGUGAAGGGGCUAAGAUUUACCGUUCACGAAAACGGAUCGCUGGAGAUCCACAGCACAGAGAAAGAUGACAUGGGACAGUACACAUGUUUAGCUAAAAACACAGAAGGAUCGUCUGCCCUCGACGCCAUGCUCUAUGUGAAAGAUCCCACUAGAAUAACCGUGGCCCCGGAGGACCAGCAGAUCUUAAUAGGUACCACGGCCCAGCUCUCAUGCCUGGCAGAGUACGACAAGUCCUUCAGCAACGACUUUGAGCUCCUGUGGGAAAAAGAUGAUAUGGAGAUAACCCUCAACUACACUGAGAAUUCAAGAUACUUAGUGGAGGAUGGUAUUCUUCAGAUUAUCAAUGUAAGCCACGGAGACCAGGGUGUGUACACAUGUGUGGCAAGAACUCCAGUGGACCGAGACUCGGCCUCAGCGCUGCUCAUGGUGUUAGAUGUCCCUGAUGCACCUGAGAACUUGGUACUGUCUGAACACAAGAGCAGAAGUGUGAAACUGAAAUGGAUCCCUGGAGACGAUCACAACAGCUCAACCACAGAGUUUAUAAUCAGCUACGAGGAAAGCCAGUGGGAGCCAGGAAACUGGAAGGAGCUGCUCCGAGUACCUGGGAACCACAACUCAGCCGUCCUGAAACUGCACGGUCACGUCGACUAUCGCUUCCGCGUGUCUGGAGUUAACGCUGUGGGGAGGGGUCCUCCCAGUGAGCCCACAGAGAGAUACAAGACCCCCCCAGCAGCCCCCGACAAGAACCCUGAAAAUAUCAAAAUUGAAGGUCAUUUGCCACAUGAAAUGGAUAUCAACUGGGAGCCCUUGUUACCCAUUGAACACAACGGUCCUGGUCUAGAGUAUAAGGUGAGUUACAGAAGACAGGACUUGGGAGAGGGCUGGAAGGAACACAUGGUGAAGAGACACUCGUUUGUGGUGAAGAACACUCCCACCUUUGUUCCCUACGAGAUCAAGAUCCAAGCCAAGAACCAUCAGGGCUGGGGCCCCGAGCCCAAGAUGGUGACUGGCUACUCAGGAGAGGACUUUCCCUCUGCUGCGCCUGAUGAUGUAGCUGUGGAGGUGAUGAACAGCUCAGUGGUCAAGGUUAGCUGGACGCGUGUACACAAGGACAAGCUACAUGGACAUCUGGGAGGCUACAGGAUAAACUGGUGGCGUCUGCGCAGUCUGGUGAACUCAAAGAAAAGCCAUGGAGACAAACACACGCUGACGUUCCCCGGGGACCGAAACCACGCCACAAUACCGGGUCUAACUCCCUUCUCUGAGUACAGCCUCAUUGUCAUGACCUUCAACGGGCGGGGCAAUGGCCCCGGCAGCCAUCCCGUCAACUUCAAAACCCCAGAGGGAGUCCCUGAGAAAAAUCCUGUUUUCAGGGUCACAGAUGUACAGAAGCACACUGUCUCUCUGGUCUGGGCCCCACCAUUGGAGCCUAAUGGGAUUCUCACCGGGUACCUCCUCGAAUAUCAGCUCAUCAACGACACAGAGGAGGUGGGGCCACUGCAGACGAUAGACAUCAGCAACCCUGAGACCACCAAGUGGAUCCUGCGCGACCUGGAGCCCUUAAGCAAAUACAAGUUCUACCUGCGGUCCUGCACCACGGUGGGCUGCGGGCCUGUUGUCAGCGAGGAGUGCACCACCACCCUAGAAACAACUUCCACUUUGGCUUCCACUGUCGGCCUCAGCAAGUCAGCUUCCCCCUCACCUCCAAGCACUCCAAAGUCCCCUGUGACCAAACCCACUCGUUCCACCAUAGGUCUGGCCAGCAUCCACGGAGGAAUAUCCACCCAGGGCUGGUUUAUCGGCCUGAUGUGUGCCAUCGCUCUCCUCACACUCAUUGUGUUGAUCGCUUGCUUUGUCAACAGAAAUAAAGGAGGGAAGUAUUCCGUAAAAGAAAAAGAAGACCUUCACCCAGACGUGGAGUCCCAGGGCAUGAAUGACGACACAUUUUGUGAGUACAGUGACAACGACGAGAAGCCACUGAAGGGAAGCCAACACUCACUGAGCAGAGAGAUCAAAGCUGGGGACAGCGGGGACAGUCUGGUGGACUACGGCGACGAGGACGCUCAGUUCAACGAGGACGGCUCUUUCAUCGGCGAGUACGCGGGGCGAAAGGAGAAGAGGGUGUCCGCUGAGAUCAAAACCACCGUUCAGACCCCGGCAUGAGGAGCGGAACCGCCAGCCCUCCUCCCCUGGACACCAUUUUCAUUAAACCUGCUGGGAGGAACAAGUGAAAGAGGAAACAGACAUUAUCCAUACCGAGCACACGUUUUGUGUCAAAUGUAAUGCGUCAUUGCCAACUGCACACUGCCAUUCUCAUUUUAUGAAGCUCUGUUUUGUCAAGUUGCAACACAAUGACCAUUACUAAAUACUGUGUAUAUAUAGUGUAUAUUCUAUGUGCGGAGUGUCCUUUUUUUUUUUUUUUUUUUAUAAUUAUUAUUACACAAAACAUUUAGAGGGCUUGGAUUUUCUUUUAUCUCUUUCCAUUACUUCAGCUGCAGUGCUGUUUGUACAGACGUUAGGAAAAUUUCACUCCCCAUUGCGCAUCAUUACAUGCAGCUUUGCCUCUGAUGUCAUGUUGUAGCAGACCACAGAUGAGUGGGGAUAUCAAGCUGAUAUUUUUCAAUUGGAGCAAAUAUUACUGACCUUUUAUAUUUGAAAUGGAUUCAUUAAAUAUGAUGUAAGAUGUGUAUAAAGGUUGCUUAUUAACUUAUUUUUUCCAGUGGUUUUAUACCUGACAAAAUAACAAGGAAAUUUACAUAUCAUUUCAUACCAUAAAUAUCCUACCAUAAAUAUCCUUGAAGCAUAAAUCUCCCUGUGAUGUUAGAAGAAAGUAUAAUUUAGUUGUUAUGCCUUGUUUAUGAACAUUUAGAUCCAUUGAACAUGUGCUUACUGCUGUACCACAUUUGGAAGAGAUUUUUAAAACUGUAAUCCAUUACAGGUCACGGACAAGUACAAUUACAAUUUAUUCCAAUUUAUAGAUCAUUUUUUUUAUAGUACUACAGCUGCCAAUAGCUGGUGUUUCAAAUAAUGACACAAAUGAAGUUUCUCUCAAAUUUAAUCCCUAAAAAAGAUUUUAGUUUUACAAGUAGCCACAUGAGCUUUAUAGGAGUAGUUUUGGGAACACGUAAUAGCUUGUUUGUUUAAUCUGGAUAAAAACCAAAGUAUAAAAAACAACACCGCGGGGCUAAGAAAUAGCCCCUGCAAAACAGAAUUGUUGUUUUUUUAUACUCUGGUUUUUAUACAGGUUGAACAAAUAACAUGUUAAUCAGUGAGCUUUAGAGGUGCUAGGAGGUGGAUUUUGAUAUAUCUGGACAGAACUGUUUCCAGCUAAGCUAACGGGCUACUAGCUGCUGCUUCAUAAUAAGCAUACAGAGACCUGAGAGUGGUAUCAAUGUACCCAUGGCAAGAAAGAGCAAGAAUUCAAACUAACCCUUUAAAGGGGAUCAAAGGGAAUACUCCAGUGAUUUAGUAGUGCCCUUCCAAAAUGUUGAAGGACUUGUGCAGAGACUUUCUUCCAAAAAAGAGUGGUCAAAAUUGUAGCAGCAGAAGCCAAAAUAUCCUGCUUUUAGUCCCCAGCAUGGGUCAGACUUCCAAAAACGGGAUCCUACAUUACCCAUAAUGCAUUCUGAUAGCAUCUUUCACCAGAAACGUCUGGUUCUUUCAAACUCCAGACCCCCAGUCUAUACAGCAGACUUUCUGUUAAUAAUGGUCUGGUCUCCAAAUUUAAGUUGCGAUAACCCAGGUGACAACACUAAGGCAUCAUCAGGGUCGUACUCUGCAUGAUCCAUAAACUGAUUUUAAUGUGUGAAGUUGGUGGAGUGCCCCUUUAAGGAGGAAGCGCGUCGUACCUGUAAUGGAUUAUAGACUUUUAUAUAAUCAGAUUACUGUGAUCUGGUUGCAUAUUUGACAUCCACCAACCCUGCUUAUACAAUGUUGUGUAGACAGUGUUCGAUCAGUCUUAACAAGCCUUACUCUGUUACUGCCAUUCAAAACACAGUUCUUAUGUUGUCCAGCAUUAACAUUAGCACCAUGAUCGGAGCAAUCGCAGUGUUUUGUAUAAAUUCAGCCAUUGCAUGGUAAGAAUGUUAAUUGGUGUUUUUUGAUGUCAUUAAAUUGCUUUACUUUCCUACA